CUGAGCCCCUAGUACGUACGUAGUGAGAAAACAUACGGUGAGCAAAAGUAUGAUGGGCAUCUAAAUGCAUGAUUUACUGCCGAUACUCGUCGAAACUACAUAUAUGAUCCAUUAAAAUUUAAACCAAUCAUCAAGUUACACAAUCAAUAAUAUUGUUACACAAAUGCAAGCAAGCAAAAUGAUGGCCUCAAUGCGCCGUUAGCUUGUCCAUCGAUCAGCCCGUAUCUCCAAUCCACCUGCAUCAAGAUCUCCAUAUCCCUCUACUACAGAGCUUCCCCACACCAAACCCUAUCUGUCCCUUUAUCAGGAGCUCCCACUAUUCCACGCCUUCUCUUCGACUCUUCCUCCCAGGGCUCCCCUGACCACCUCCACCGAUCCAGCGCCGGCCGUCCGCCCAUGGCGUCCACCACCAGCGACAGCCUCCCCUCCUCACCCUCCCUGCCCACCACCGCGGCGCUCGACGGCGCCGCCGACCAGGAGUUCUCCUCCCAGCACCACCACCACCAUCACCAAAGCCUCUUCCUCCCGUCCUCCUCCUCCCCCGCCAGCCUGUACCUCGACUCCUCCUUCCACGGCCUCCUCCCCGCUUCCUCCACGGCCGUGUCGUCGCCUUCCCCUCCACCGCCGAUGCCUCCGCUCCCUCCCGCCCCGGCGCCCGCGAAGCCGGCCAAGAAGCGCCCCAGGGCCUCCCGCCGGCCGCCCACCACGGUGCUCACCACCGACACCUCCAACUUCCGCGCCAUGGUGCAGGAGUUCACCGGCUUCCCGGCACCGCCCUUCGCCCCCGCGCCGCCCCCUGCCGUGCGCCCGCGCCUCCUCGGCAGCACGCCGUCGUUUCUCAUGCGCCCCUCGCCUCUCAAGUACCCCGUGCUGCUGCCUCCCAGCGCUUGCACCACCACCCUAGCUAACACCACCAUUAACGCAAGCGGUAGCAAUAAUAUUACUGCCGGUACCAGCUCCCUCGUGGACGCGCUCGCGCUGUUCGCCAAGAGCAACGCGAUGCCGAGCGGCGCCGGCGCCGGCGCAGCUACAGCGGCGACGACGUCCGGCGGAUCAGGCGCUGCUGAUCAUCACUACCACGGAAUCGGCAUGGGAGGGUUCAACCCGUUCGAUGACUUCGAUCCACCGGCGGCGGCAGCUGAAGGCGAGAGGGGGGACCCGGGUGGCGGCCAUGGUUUCUUCUCCUCCUUCACCGCCGGCGACAAGUACGGAAGGCACUAGUACGUAAGCGAUCUCUCUCUCUCUCUCUCUCUCUCUCUCUCUCUCUCAA